AUGGCGUCGGCGUACAUCUUUUCCCUCCAGCCAACGUUCACGCAAGGGCUCAUCCUUGGACAGCUCUCGAUCCUUUUCCUGCUCUUUCUGAUCCUCAAAUACCUCUUCUUCGAUACCGAUACCGAGAAGCCGUACCGGAAGGCCGCAUACCCUCCGAGAGUCGAGCUAGACAGCGAUGAUGACGGGCUGGUAGCGCCACGCCUGGACUUUGACCCAUUCGAAAAGGCGAAGCGGGAGGGAGGUGCGGAAAGCUCAGAGUGGCUGAACGUUCUCCUGCAGCAGGUUGUGGACUCGUACCGCAUCAAGCUGCGGAACGGUCUCGCAGGCACGGAAGGAAACGAGAUCGCUCGCCAGCGCGUGGAGGAGUUUGUGAACAAGAUGCGCCCCACCGGUCUUCUCGACGUUGUAAAAGUGCAUUCGGUAGAUAUGGGCUCGUCUGCGCCGCGAUUCUCGCACGCACGCAUCCGUCGCGACUCCUCCCCAGGUGCAGAAACACAUAUUGACUACGACAUGAACUAUGUCGAUAAUGUCUCAAUAUCCAUCUCCACGUCUGUGCUAUUCAACUAUCCAUUCCCGUCAUUCGCUCGCCUACCCGUUUCACUCUCUAUCUCCCUGUCGCUCUUUUCUGCUUCGGUUCGUAUGACGCCGCCGAACCCCACCGCUCCUCACCCCACUCUCACAUUUGCCCUUCCUGUUCCACGCUCUGAUUUCACGCUUGACAUUAAAACAUCCUCGCUCAUGGGGAGCCGCGCGAAACUGGAGGAUGUUCCCAAAAUCCACGAGCUCAUCCAAAAUCAGAUUCGCAGAGUCGUCAUGGAAAAGGGCACAUGGAAGGUCGCGCUGCCCGGUUUGGCGAGCGUGAGCGAGGUCAAGGAAGACAUCAAAGCCGAGCGACGCUUGGCAGAGAGGUCUCUGAACUAG